AUGGUCCUCGGUGCGACACUUUCAAAUGACUACGGCACGUUUACUGCAUUUCGAUCUCUUCAGGGUCUAUUUGGCACGGUCCCGCAGGUUGUCGGUUUGCCAAUCAUUCAUGACAUGUAUCGUCCCGAAGGUCCUUUUAUUGGUCCUGCUCUAGCUGGAUACAUUGGUGCAGGCAGCAACUGGAAGGUUUCCUUUGGAAUUCUAACGGUAUUCUACGGAAUAUCCACCAUUUUAAUAUUCGUAUUUGGUUACGAAACAUACUUUGUCAAAGGACGGCAAUGCCAACGCAAUUCCCGCUUACAAUCCAUUCUUGGAAUCAAGAACCACAACUUGCCUGUUGGCCGAACCCUCGGCUACUGGACUAAGUUAUUGGCCAUCUAUAUCUUCAAGUUACCCCUUCUCUUGACUGGCAUUGCAACUAUGGUGAACUUUUGCUGGCCAAUUGGCUUUUGUUCCCAUUUGUUUAUCGAAAUUUGA